AUGAGCAGAUUAUUGUGUUCACUAGCGCUGUUGCCAUUGUUGUGCCUUGCAGUUAGAGAGCAGUCAAUUGCGGUGAAAGGUCGUCUACUGUGCGGUGAGCGGCCGGCUGCGAACGUGAGAGUCAAGCUAUGGGAAGAGGACUCAGGACCAGAAUAUCGCGGACGCCUUCUCGUCACCGGGCUAUACCGACGACAGAAUGGUGAAUUCCAACUCCAGGGUGCAACUGUGGAAACGACACCGAUCGAUCCUAUUCUGAAAAUCUAUCAUGACUGCAAUGACGUCACAGGCUUCCUCAGCGUUCCUAAGCCGGGAAGUCGAAAAGUGAAAUUCUCGCUACCAGACAAAUACAUCACCGAUGGUAUGGUACCUCGAAAAACGAUGGAUAUCGGUGCUGUCAAUCUGGAAAUUGAAUUCUUGGACGAAGAACGAGAAUACAUCGUUGAUUAA